AUGCCCAAGUCAGUCCACGCGAUAAAAGUGCUCUUGAACCGGGCGAAGAUUCCCUUCCAAGUGGGGUCCACGUGCCUGAGAGUCCGGUGCCCGAACUGUUCAUCCGGCUCUGACGAUAAGCGGGGCUAUCUGAACUCAACGAGUGGGACGUUUUUCUGCCCAGAUUGUGAACUGGUCGCUGACUGGGGCGAGUUCAAACGUGCUCUCGAAAGUGACUAUCGAGUGGAACCCAAUGCUGAGCUUCAGACCGCGGCUUUCCCUACAGCUGGGGAACUCGAAGAGGUUCAGAGACGUCUAUCCAGUGCGGUGGAAAUGGCGAGUGUUCGAACAAAGGACAUAGACCAGGUUCUCAGUACACUGGACCUCGGUCGGAUCAAGGGGAGCUUCUUGAAGCUUUCAAAGUAUCGCAUAUCUUACGACGACUCAGGCGAUCCGAAAUUAGUUCUACCAGUGUUGGAUAUCCGCAAACGUCUGAUAGCUUUGACGUACGUAGGCGGCGGAGGAGAUGUGGAGACGUUUCCGCGCUCUGGUAUGGCCGGUUGUUUUUCAACGGAGGAUACCGUGACAGCAGACAAUCGAGUCGUGUUGGUUCCGCAUCCGGCUGACGCGAUCCUGGUCACCCAGCAGACGAGGAUGACUUCGAUCGCUGUGGAAUCGACAGCACAACUGCCAGUGACGAGGCUUCCUCUGUUCGAAAAGUUCGGCAAAAUCGUCAUAUGGUUCAACGCAACGAACGAGCACUGGCAGGAUGCGCUUCUCUACGCCAGGAAACUCGGGAACGACCGUACAUCGUUUCUGCGUCAGGUGCCGCAAUUCUCGAGACCGCUUACUACGGAAAAAAUUUCGGCUGCCCUCUCAACGGAGAAACCCAUGGCCCACAAGUCGGUCAUUGUAUUCGACGACCUGCGUGAAGCAGUCCGCGACACGCUGAUGAAAUGGGAGUCGGCGUGCGGUGUAAAAUGGACACGUUUCCCUGCCCUGAACAAGUAUCUCAAAGGCCAUCGACGGGGAGAGCUGACAAUUUUCACGGGACAGACCGGCUCGGGUAAAACGACGUUUCUCUCGGAGUUGUCCCUCGAUCUCAUGAUGCAAGGUGUUCCGACCCUCUGGGGCAGUUUCGAAAUCAACAACGUCAGAUUGCUCAGAUGCUUAAUGACGCAAUUCGCUCUCGUACCUUUAACGGAGAACAUGGCGAGGUUUGACGAGAUCGCGGACGAGUUCCAGAAACUUCCUCUGUUCAUGCUCAAGUUCCACGGACAGGAGUCAAUCAACAACGUAGUCGAGGCCAUGAUGCACGCGGUCUACGUGCAUGACAUCCAGCACGUGAUCCUGGACAACCUCCAAUUCAUGAUGGGCGUAGCGGUGGAACGGUUUCAAUUGCAAGACACCAUAGUUUCGACGCUGCGAAGGUUCGCCACCGAAUACAAUGUACACAUAACGCUAGUAGUACAUCCCCGAAAAGAGAAAGACGACGAUCCGCUGUGUACGGCGAGCAUAUUCGGAACGGGGAAGGUCAGCCAAGAAGCCGAUAAUGUUUUGAUCCUGCAAACGUCGGCUCGUGGCUCGAAAUUCGUUCAAGUGAAGAAGAACCGAUUCGACGGUGACCUUGGAGCCUUCCCGCUCCACUUCGACAAACAAUCUUUGAGUUAUUGGAAGAAUCUCCCGAGACCCGUCGACAACGGCGCCAAGGCGAGAUGGCAGAAUGGAAGGAAACCGCAGAGAUCCUGA